UACUUUAGUUUUAACCUCGAGUCCAAUGACCAUAGCAUUUGAUUUUGGGAUAAAGCUUUUUGCUGAGAAGCUUGUAACCCGGGAUUAUCCGAAACACCCCACUCAAUCGAUAAGGCCUCUUCUCUGCAACGGAGAAGUGUAGGCAGGCAUUAAGCGAGAAAGCCGAGAGGGAAGGCUAUGGCGCUUCAUCUGCUUUGCUCUCCGGCCACUUCUCCCCUCUGCAGCUCCCUCUCCUCCUCUUCCACCGCUUCCUCUUCUUCCCUGAAACAGAAGCUCCAAACCCUCAAUUUGCCCCAUCAUAAACCCUACUCCUCUCUCUCACUCCACUCCAAACUCUCCCCCUACAGGGCCCAAGUCUCUGUGCAGGAACCCAUCCUGCAAGAAGAAACCCAGACCCCCUCAGAUACCGGCGACUCUCAAUCCCCAGGCAGCGAGAGCAGUUCUUCCCCCAAAAGCUACAUAUGGGUCAACCCCAACAGCCCCAGAGCUUCGAAGCUCAGGCAGAAGUCCUACGACGCGAGGUACGCCUCUCUCGUGAAAAUCGCGGAGUCUAUUAACAAUUCGACGGAGGGCGAAGUUCAUGGAGUCCUGGGGGAUGGGUUGGGCGAUCUUGUGUUGGAACAGGACGCUGUGGUUAUCCUCAACAACAUGUCGAACGCCCUGAACGCUUGUCUCGCGCUCGAGUACUUUCAGGGGAAGUUGAAGCCCCGGAAGGAGGUCAUUCUCUACAAUGUGACAAUGAAGGUGUUUAGGAAGUGCAGGGACUUGGACCGCGCCGAGAAGCUGUUCGAUGAAAUGCUCGAGAGAGGGGUUAAGCCCGAUAAUGUGUCUUUCUCGACUAUAAUUAGCUGUGCCAGGAUGUGUUCUUUGCCUGGUAAGGCGGUGGAGUGGUUCGAGAAGAUGCCCGAGUUCGGGUGUGACCCGGAUGAUGUGACCUACUCCGCUAUGAUUGACGCUUACGGUCGGGCCGGGAAUGUCCUCAUGGCCUUGAAACUAUACGACCAGGCGAGGACUGAGAAAUGGCGAAUCAAUGUCGUCACCUUCUCAACUCUGAUUAAAAUCUACGGGCAGGCAAAGAAUUUCGACGGGUGCUUGAAUGUGUACGAGGAGAUGAAGGCUCUUGGGGCAAAACCGAAUCUGGUCAUCUAUAACACCUUGCUGGAUGCUAUGGGCCGGGCAAAGAGGCCGUGGCAGGCAAAGAAUAUAUAUAAGGAGAUGAUUGAUAACGGGUUUUCCCCGAAUUGGGCCACUUAUGCAGCUCUUUUGAGGGCCUAUGGGAAGGCUCGUUACAGCGAGGAUGCUCUCGCAAUUUAUCAGGAGAUGAAGGAGAAGGGCAUGGAGUUGAACACGAUACUUUACAAUACACUACUGUCAAUGUGUGCUGAUGUCGGGUUUGUGGACGAGGCAGUCGAGAUAUUUAAGGAGAUGAAGAGUUCUUCAUUAAUUACAUGCAAGCCCGACAGUUGGACCUUUUCAUCCUUGAUUACGGUAUAUUCAUGCAGCGGACAAGUCUCUGAGGCUGAGGCCAUGUUAAAUGAGAUGAUUGAGGCAGGUUUUGAGCCUAAUAUAUUCGUGUUGACUUCAAUGAUUCAAUGCUACGGGAAGGCCCAGCGGACCGAUGAUGUGGUAAAUUCAUUUAAUAGACUCUUGGAGUUGGGAAUAGUUCCUGAUGACAGGUUCUGUGGGUGCCUUCUUAAUGUGAUGACUCAGACACCGAAUGAAGAGCUUGGGAAACUUGUAAAUUGCAUUGAGAGGGCUAAUCCGAAACUCGGGUGUGUCGUUAAGAUUUUGAUUGAAGAUGAUAACGUGGAUGCAGAUUUUAAGGAGGAGGCAUCAGGGCUCUUCAACUCCGUCAGUGCUGAAGUGAGGAAGGCUUACUGUAAUUGCCUAAUCGAUCUCUGUGUCAAUGCAAAUUUAUUGGAGAGAGCUUGUGAGCUAUUGGACCUAGGCCUCACGCUCGAGAUUUAUAGGGACAUACAGUCCCGGAGCCCUACUCAGUGGUCCCUACACUUGAAGAGCCUCUCACUCGGCGCAGCUCUUACCGCUCUACAUGUGUGGAUAAAUGAUCUAUUGAGGGCCGUGAGCUCAGCGGAGGAGCUUCCUCCACUGCUUGGGAUCAAUACAGGACAUGGAAAACAUAAGUAUUCUGAUAGAGGCUUGGCCAGUACCUUCGAGGAGCAUCUAAAGGAGCUGAAUGCUCCAUUCCACGAGGCACCUGAUAAAGUUGGGUGGUUCUUGACCACAAAGGUUGCUGCCAAAUCGUGGUUGGAGUCGAGGAGUUCACUCGAAGUAGCUGCCUAAUGAGUUUUCUGCAAGGUACUUGUCCUCUUCGACUUGCUUGCGCUUUUUGGUCUCAUCUGUGUUCGGGAGCUAAAUUUUUGUAGACUGGAGAUGAUAUCCUUAAAUAUCGACAACUGUUGAAGGAUUUCGACUCUACUUAUUUAAUCAAAAUUGUAUUUGAUACAAGGAAUCAUCUCCAGGAAGGAGACAAGUGAAAUUCAUUUUGCAAUUGUAGUUAUAUAUUCGACUCUACUUAUUUACUAAAAAUUGUAUCUGAUACAAGGAAUCAUCUCCAGGAAGGAGACAAGUGAAAUUCAUUUUGCAAUUGUAGUUAUGGAUAACGCUUGCAUAGAUCAGAGUUUGUCAACAAUCUCAAUCUGGACCAUAAUCCAUGAAUGAAUGAGGUUGCGUUU